UCCUCACCGCUUCCUCUCUUAUCCUUCUCUCCUCCUCUUUCGUCUCAUUCCAUUAUCCUAGAGGACAAGAAUCCAAAUCCAUCAAAUCCGAAACUAAUCUCCUCCGAUCUCUCUCUUCUCCGCAUCCACAUUGCGCGUACGAUCUAAGUAUCGCGAUCGCCAUUGGCAUUGGAGUUCCCAGAUCUUCUCUUCGAAAUCAGAGAAUUAUUUUUGAUCGUUUUGAUCAUGUGGAUGUUCAAGCCCUUCGCGGGUAAAGAACCUACCAACUUAGAAGGCCGCACAGUUGCCGUCGGCAAUGUGAAGGUCAACGUUCGAAAUGUCAUAGCAGAAGGAGGGUUUUCCUGUGUCUAUAUCGCCCGUGAUUCUGCAGACGCGUCGAAGCAGUAUGCUCUAAAGCAUAUGAUCUGCAAUGAUCAAGAUUCGUUGGAUCUUAUCACGAAGGAGAUCAAAGUAAUGCUGCUGCUCAAAGGGCAUCCAAAUGUUGUCAAUCUUGUUGCUCAUACCAUAACGGAUACAGGCAGGAUGAAGGAAGCAUUGCUCCUGAUGGAGUUCUGUGAGAAGUCAUUGGUUAAUGCUCUAGAGGACAGAGGGGGCGCAUACUUUGAGGAGAGGCAGGUGCUUUUGAUUCUCAGAGAUGUUUGCAAUGCUGUAUUUGCCAUGCAUAGCCAGUCGCCACCCGUUGCUCAUAGAGACUUGAAAGUUGAAAAUGUUCUGCUUGGUUCUAACGGAGCUUGGAAACUAUGUGAUUUUGGAAGCACUUCAACCAACCACAAGCGCUUCGACAGGCCAGAGGAAAUGGGCAUUGAAGAAGACAACAUUAGAAAGCAUACAACUCCAGCAUAUAGAGCCCCUGAGAUGUGGGAUCUUUAUAGAAAGGAGGUCAUCAGUGAAAAGGUGGACAUUUGGGCUCUCGGAUGUCUUCUUCACAGAAUCUGCUACCUGAAAUUGGCAUUUGAUGGCGAGUCAAAGCUUCAGAUACUGAAUGGAAACUACCAAAUCCCUGAUAUACCUAAAUGCAGCUCUUUCAUUACAGGCCUCAUUAAAGACAUGUUGGAAUCCUCUCCAAGUGCCAGACCAGACAUUACACAGGUGUGGUUUCGUGUUAACGAGCAACUACCUAUGGAGUUGCAGAAAAACCUACCUGAUGGAAUCCCAUCUGCUAUUGGCAUAACUCCUGCCUCAGUUUUGCUUGAUGAAGAAGCCCACAAAAGGACUCCUAUGAUGCCGAGGAGAAGCCCUCCUCCUCCACCCUCAUCAAAGGAACAGGUGAGAAGUACCUCACAAGCUGCUGAGCAGGAGAUGCUGGAGUCUAAAUUAUCAAGAACAGGCCAAGCUCCAAUUGGUGCAUUUUGGUCCACACAGCAUGCGCAGAAUCCACCAGUAGUAGAAAAUAAUCGGCCCUUAUUCGAGAAAGAACAGAUCAAAACUUCAUUGACCAAGCAGAAUCAGAAUAGAAUGGACAUCAGAAAUAGUGCUGAUUUUUCAAUUCAUGAUUCCCAGAAAACGAUUAUGCCAAAUCCUGGGGGAAAGCCAUCAUUUCAGACUGCAGCAUUUAACACAUUCGUGGCUGAUUUUGAUACCAGUAAGGUUAAUUCUGGGAGCACCGGUGGCGAUAGCAAAGAUAAUUUAUCCAGGAGAAAAGAGUUGGAAGAAGAAGUACAGAAUCUCAAGGAACAACUCAAGAAAACUAACAUGGAAAAAAAGGAGAUAAAUUCUAAGUAUGAGGAACUCUCCACCAUCUGUCACUCCCAGAGGCAGGAGAUCCAACAUCUGAAGCAAGCCCUUGCAGCAGCACCAGCAUCAUCUCUGACAAAUUGUAGCUUGAAGAGCAAUCCACAGUUACAAACUCUGCAAAGGGAGAAAACUGAAGGAACUGUGCGGGAACGCCACCAAGGAAUGUUCGCAAGCAGCUCUUCAUUGCCCAACUCGGAUGCCAAACAGUGGCUGGCUUUUACUGAGCCGAAACCCCAGCCAACACCAAACGGUUAUCAUAGUAAACUGCCAGCUGGACCAAUCAAUGGGUUGCAAAAUUCAACUGAACGAAAGGCCACAAGCUCAUCUAAUGAUCUAUUAGGCUUUGGUCUAGAAACUCUCAUAGUGCCACCGCCAAAUAAUGCACAUCUAUCCGGGACUGAUGCUCGAGAGUGUUCUUCACAGAGAUUCAGUGGAGUAACAAUGAAUCCAGAGAACCAGCAACCACCAGGGUGGGCUAACUUUUAAAGUGCAACCACGCCAAAUACUGCACAUAUAUUGAGUAUUGAUAUUAUUUUUUUAUGUACGGUCAUGCGAAACAGAUUGAAUGGACCGUGGUCAACCUCUUUCUCUCUCUCCUUUUUUGUUUUUUGGAUAUUGAUGAUUCUUUUUACAGAUUGAUUUUGGAUUCUAGGGCUUUGGUUAGGUAUUCUUUUUAGGUGAAUUAUUUUGUGUUCGUAAUAAUUUCUGAACUACCGAAUUCUUGUAUAUUGGCUGUUCAAUGAGAGUUUAUAGUGUGCUCACAGGUUGCGUGCUCUAUUAUAGGAUGAUCAAAUGAAAGUGUGUUUGUUGCAUGGUC